AUGUCGCACUCAUCCAACCCUUGGGCUCCUCGCGUGUCCGACGAGGAGAGAUAUUCAGAAGAGACGUUUCUACAGGGUGCGCUCCUCUCCAACAUCGCGUACGGCAUGCAGGUCGCGCUCUUUCCGAUGUGUUUCACUGCGCUGUGGCAAAAAAUCGACCGGUUCAAUUAUCGACGCCAGAUCUCGCUCCUCGUCUUUGUUUCUCUCAUUUUCAUUAUCGGCACGCUCUACAUGGGCGCCCAAGCCAAGUUCACGCAGCAGGCGUUCAUCGAGUAUCGCGACUAUCCCGGUGGACCGAGCGAGUAUGAAUUGGCGUUCUUCAGUAACCCCGUAGAUGAGAUUGGGAAUGUGUGUUUUGUCGUUGGGAACUGGUUCAUGGAUGCCUUCCUUGUAUGGCGAUUCAUGGUCAUAUAUGGAUCGUACGGCAGGGCGUGGGUGAGAGUUUUAAUCAUCCUUCCCUGUAUAAUGCUCCUUGCGUCCAUCGCGCUCGGUGUCCUACUUUUGGUCAAAAUGGCUGGCUCUAAUCCUUUCGCACAAGCCGACUUCGCCCUUUCUUACUAUGUGACUACACUUGCGCUGAACGUCAUCGUCACUGUCAUGAUCGCCACCAGGAUAGUGCUCUACCGGCGACGCAUCAGGCGUACUUUUGGACCACACCACUACUCAAGCUACUCUAAUGUUCCUGCGAUCCUCAUCGAAUCCGCGUCAUUAUACUCCCUUUUUGCGCUGCUCUUCAUCGUUCCGCUCGGGCUCCAGAGCCCGCUUGCGAAUGUGUUCAUGCAGUCCGUGAGCCAGGUGCAGAUCGUCACCGCACUGAUGAUUGUCUUUCGUGUGGCCACUGGCAAGGCAUGGACAGAAGGCGGUGAGAGAGAACCUAUUGUGCCCACUGGUGCUACUGCAGUGCAGCUCAAGCGCACGGAGCGUGCGCGCGCUGGUGGCGGCAGUGAAGGACAUUCUUCACUUGAGUUCAGCCUUCCCGAUGGCCUUGACGCGAGCCAAUCUUCGGGUAAGACUACUUGCGAGCACGAGGGAAGCUCUGCCUAA